AUGAAAGCUUUAAUUUUAGUCGGCGGGUAUGGCACUCGAUUGCGUCCUUUGACACUUUCCCAACCGAAACCUCUCGUAGAAUUUUGUAAUAAACCUAUGAUGCUGCAUCAAGUUGAAGCUUUAGUACAGGUUAGAUUGUUAUCCACAACUAACGUUUAUAUUUUUGUUGCUUUUGUUAGCCAAAGUAUUGAUUCGAUCGAGGCAUUUGAUAUGAAAAUAUAAAGGUUCAUGUACAGGGUUUUUUAUAGCCGUUUGUAAAAAUUGUUUACAUAAAAUAUAGUUUAUAGUUGUAUGAAGGUAUUAUUUAUUUAUAUUAUAUUGUAAAUAUAAAGUUUGAAUGGGAAAAAGUAAAGAAAUUAUUAUAUUUUCCCAAUUAUUAAAAUUAUAGAUUAUAAGAUUAGCAUUUUUAAAUUAAUAGUAAAUAUGCCACUUAUUGGCAAGUAUUAAACCGAUUUUGAAUGAUUUAAUGCUUCUGCAAAUGUCAUGCAAUUAAUUUACACAUGUUGAGCCACAUACUACCGCUAAUAGCUAGGCCAGAAACUGAUCAGUGAUCAUUGGCUUGGCCUAAGCCAAGUCUUGUGACACCUUGAUUCCUGGACGAACAUCCUCGCACCCUCCCUAGAUGCCUUAAAGAGUAAUAGUGAUGUUGAUACAUAAUAUGAUCUUUCUGUUGUAGGCUGGUGUGACACAAAUCAUUCUGGCUGUCAGUUACAGAGCUGAGAUGUUGGAAAAAGAAAUGUCUACUCAUGCAGAGAGAGUGAGUCUUGCAUGGAGUCAUUCUCAUACCCCCCCCUCCCUUCUUACGCACAGUGCAACGAGGGGCUCUGGCCAAAUCCAUAACCUGAUACCAUAAAAACAUGGUAAGAAAACAAUAUACGGUGUUAGAACUAGCCAAUCAGAUGCCAGUUCGGAUAUGGAUUUGGCCAGUGGCCCUUGUCGCACCGCACGUAAGAAGGGCUCUGGGUACAAGAAUGGCGCUGACUGAACAUGAACGAGUAAAUGCCCUAGCUAGCCACUGAUGAAGGCAUCCUAAAAACAGAAUUGACUAUGCAAUGUAGUAAUAGCUAACUAUUUCAUUUUAAGCUUGGAAUAGAAAUCACUUUGUCUCUUGAGGAAGAGCCACUUGGAACAGGUAAUAUUCCUACCUUAGUAUGAUGUCCCUGACAGUGCAUUUGUUCACUGAUGACAUCACAACUAGGUGCCUUUUGGUCUCUCCCAAACACAAAAGCGAUGUUCUUUCAAAUAGGUUAAAUAUUCCAGAGACCAUCCAUACCUUGGGUCCCAUGGAGGAAAUUGAAAAUGACCUUCCUUCCCGUUCAGACUUCCAAAUUUUACUAUUAUCCUCCCUGGCAGAAAUUCAUUCUGUAGGGGUAGCGUGGAUUUUUUCUGGAAAUUGACCCAAUGUCUCCAUACAUGCAAAUUGAAUGCUUUAUAUUUGUAUUAUUUGACAGCUGGUCCACUUGCAUUAGCAAGAAAACAUCUCAAGGAAGAUAACGAACCAUUCUUUGUGCUGAAUAGUGAUGUCAUGUGUUCAUUCCCAUUUGCGGAAAUGGCGAAAUUUCAUAAGGCUCAUGGGAAGGAAGGGACGAUUAUGGUACUGUAUGAAUACUGUGUGGUCUUACUUUUUGAAGCAGAAGAGCACUAAAUCAUUUCCCAAGAGCAAAAGCAUGCAAGAACAAUCACCUCAAAAUUUGCUGAUAAUAAAAUUGCUUUAUUUUAUGAUGUAACAACAGGGCUUGCAAUAGCAGCUGAUCACCAAUCGAUGAUCAGCAAGAAAUUGUUUAUGAUUUAUGGAAAAGCAGGAAAGUCAUGACAUCGGGCACUUUGGGAAUGCCAUUUCAAACCCUGUAACAAGUUAUUAUAUUGUAGGUGACAAGAGUGGAAGAACCAUCGAAGUAUGGCGUGGUAGUUUAUGACCAAAAUUCAGGAAAAAUCUCAAAAUUUGUUGAAAAACCUCAAGUAUUUGUGGGCAAUCGAAUCAAUGCUGGAAUUUACAUGUUUAAUCCUAGUAUAUUAGAUAGGAUUGAGGUAAGAUAAUAAAAAUUGAAUGUAAUUCAAUUUCAUUAAAAAUACCCUGCACACUUAGUUACGUUUUGAAAAUAUCUGUUAUUUACCCCAUAGGGUCAUGUAGGAAUCCAUAUUGGAAUGUGCCAAAAACUAAUAGACAGUGCUGUAAAUGUCCUAUAGGAAUUCUAAUGGAAUAUCCUAUAAGAAAUUUAUGUAUUGUCCUGUAGGAACUCGUGCAGGAUUCUAUAGGAUUAAGUUCAAAUCACUAGUAAUUUUAAGAAUCUUAUAGAUUACUAAAGCUUUCAUUUUAAUAUAUUUUUUUAUUUAUUUUAAAUAAAUAUGUUUUAAUACUUUUAUGUUUCAGCUUAGGCCAACUUCAAUAGAGAAAGAAAUAUUUCCAGUUAUGGCAUCAGAAAGUUGUCUAUUUGCCAUGGACUUAGCAGGUUUGUCACAGUAGAAAGUUAGUUUAUUUAUAAUGGACAGUUAGUUCUAAGCUGUUCUCCCUAGAGGCCUUGGCCAGUCCCUUUAUUGGUCCAGUGUUACUACAGGAAGAAACCCAAUACCCAGUCAGAAAACCUCUGGUGUUUGGUAGACUCAAACUGGAAGCACUCUUCUCACAUACAGUUGAGAUGAAAUUAUAAUAAAGCACUUGCAUAGUGCAGGAAUGUCACAGUGGCGAAAGACUGAAAAUCAUAUACUGUAUUGUAAUUGUACACCAACCACCAACACAAACAUGUCAUAAAAGGUUUAAUCUUUACAUUGACAAGUUUUCAAUUCAAUUUCCAUGUGUUUUAAUUGCAGUAAAAUGAGAUAAACUUAUAUUUUUUCAGGAUUUUGGAUGGAUGUAGGUCAGCCUAAAGAUUUCUUGACAGGAAUGUGUAUGUACCUACAACAUUUGAAAGAAAAAUGUUCAGAAAAACUUUACCAAGGUUCUGGUGUCAUAGGAAACGUUUUAGUGGUAGGUGAAAGUUAUUCCAGCGAAUACAUUUGUAAAGGGGAGAAAUUUACACAGUUUGCCCAUAAAAGAAAAGAGUGAGAUGUUUUAUCUCGCUGUUUGUUCUAUAGACACUACUCUUGAUAUAUUCAAGUUUUCCCUCUAUUAGCCAUUCCGAAGUUGAUGAGUGGACGGGGGACGAGUGUUAAAAAGUGCCCAAACUAAGAAAUGAACCAAAUCACUAAAAAGACCACCUCAAAAUUAGUAAGUAUACAAAGUUUGAAGACGUUUACAUGAAUAUCCUUCGAAUAAUAAGCUUUCGAAAAUCGCGAUAUUUACUAUGAAAUGUAUUGUAAUUUUUUGUUUUUGGGACGCGCGUCCUAAAAACAGUCUUUUAAUCAGUAAUUCCACAUUUUUCGAAAGCUUAUUAUUCGAAGGGUAUUCAUGUAAACGUCUUAAAACUUUGUAUACUUACUAAUUUUGAGGUGGUCUUUUUAGUGAUUUGGUUCAUUUCUUAAUUUGGGCACUUUUUAACACUCGUCCCCAGUCCUCUCAUCAACUUCGGAAUAGCCAAUUCUUUUGUCAUCGGUUAGGAUCCGUCUGCAAGAAUUGGUGAAAAUUGUCGUAUUGGUCCAAAUGUCGUUAUUGGUCCUGGUGUUCACAUAGAAAACGGUAGGAACGCUGUAAGCUGUACUUCAGCUGACUUUGCUCUGUUUUCCACCGUAUCAGAACAUUGAGUGGAAGUUAUUAGGGCCUAAGGGGCGUACCAGUGGAAAAGUGAAGGGGUGGGGAGGGGAAUUUUCAGCUCGCACGAAUUUUUUUUCAGCUGUCUGCUGGAAUUUUUUUGCGGCAUUUUAAAAGUAUUUUUCAUUGCGUUUUCUCGUUGCACGAAUUUUAUUGAUUUUGUUUUUCUUUGCGCGAAUUUCACCAACCACACCCAAAAAAGAACAUUACAGUUGGCAGAAAAAAAGAGGGUCGGUAAGGAAACCACAGGAUUUUUUUUGUUAGGCCCUACGCUGAGUUUUAGUACGGUACGUUUGGAAGAGAAAAGGCAUGACAUUGACUCUUGUACAACAGGAAAUGUCCUAUUUAAUGUCACUGGAUACAUGUACUACUAUACUGACAAUGACAUAGCCUGCUCACAGUCUUAAUUUGCUAUACUACUCACAAUGUAUUAUUCUUUCAUGCAUGCUUUGUAGGUGUAUGUCUGACAAGGUGUGUUUUGUUAAAAAAUUCCACUGUGAAGUCACAUUCCUGGAUCAGUUCGUCUAUCAUCGGCUGGAAAUCAGUCGUAGGUCAAUGGGUAAGUAUUGAUGUAAAAAAUAAAGAAGUUUCUCCUUCGCAAAGAUUUUAAUAUUCAUUAUACAGUAUAAAUUGCGCUUGGCGUAACAUGGCAGAUGGAAGACGCGCUGUGAGUGUCCGAAGAUGAAAAGCGAAGCAAAGAUAUAGAUUUUUAUUCGACUGUAAACUUAUCUGCAAUCGUUUCACGUUCAAUUAAGUGUCAGUAAUAAAUCAUUUUAUAAUUCAGUAAAGAAUGAAAAGACCCAGACAUAUUUGGUGCGCAAAUACGACAAGAGGUGCUUGACUCCUUGAGCAUUCACAAAAAAAAAGCCGACACAGAAAAAAUGACAUUUUUGUCAUUACCACACACGUUUCUUAAAGUGGAAACGUUUGUCUGGGCAAAGGCAUUGCACUUUUACGUGGGUUUUUAUUGUAAGUUUCAACUAUGCAGUUUCUACUAAAAACGCCUUCAUUGCAGGCUAAUUUGAAGUGUUACAAAAGUAACUUGAUAUGUAUGUUGCAAUAAGGAAAUUGAUGUAAAACUGGAUUAUCUUGUUUCUAGCAGGUUUAUAAUGCUAACGUGCACAUAGUGUUCGCACUUUGGCGAAAAAAACAACACAAAAUACUUGUGGGAAUCAGGGGGUGGGAAAUCUUCAUACAACCAUAGGUAUUUUCAAAAAGGUGCGAGUUUUAGACCGGUCAGCUUUAAGUUUUUUUUAAGCCAAUUAAAAUUAGAUUAUUAAACGAAAGCAGCCUUGGAUCGCGUUUAAUUAAUAAAGAAUGGCUUCAACGUGCAUGCAUAUUAAAUGAUAUGACUCUCAAUGUACAAACGUCUAUAUGUGUGUGCAAACUUAAUCAAAAUGUCUACACGGAAUAACUUAAUUUGGUUUCAAAUUAAAAGCUGAUGCAAUAUAAUAAGAUCUGUAAUCCUAUAUAUAGUCAAGAAGGAUUAAACUCAUUGACCUGUCGUAUUCUUAGAGUUGCGUUGUGGCUCAUAGUGAACCAUUUUGUUUUGUUACCAGGUAAAGAUAUACACUGCUAGUAAAAUCUCACUCAAACCACCAUUCUACAGUAAAAAGUCACACAAAGAAGCAUAAUUUCAACAAGUUAAAAUUUAUUUACACAGUUUUAGCGAAAUAUUUAUAAUAUGUACACACCACACACCUCUUUUGUUAGGAGUUAGAGGUCAUUUUUUGAAUCAUUUUUGGGGAUAAUAUCUUUUGUUUUAUAUAUCAGUUUAUAUCAAAUAUAAUAGCUUAUGAAAAGAUCCAAUUAAGUAUACGUAUAAAAGACGGUUUGAUUGUAUAUCUAACAGUGUUCAAUACUGCGAAGCAAGCUUAUAUCAGUACGCGCUUUCUUGCUUUCAUACAGCUUUGUAUGCAGUAAACCUGUUGCCCUCGGCGUUACAACAGGGUAUAUAACAGUUAUAUAUAAAGUUUGACUGAGGCUGCGAUACAUCAAUCCAUAUAAACGCCAUACACAGUUCCAACAGCGAGGAGGCUCGAGUUCUCAUACGAAGCAGUGGCGUAGUUGUCUUUUUCACUGUCCCAGAUACAGCGACUUGCAACAUGCAAACCUUGCCCUCGCAGCUCACCGAUUGUAACAAAACACACAAUUUUAUACCGCUUGUAGUUCAACUGCUUAACUCGCUUCUCGAUUAAGUUCGACAAAGUUUUACAAUGCUCACGGCAACGAUUCGUGUCAUAGACGAGAUCUCCAAGCGUCGACAAAGUUUGCUGGAUUAUGGAACUGACCGUAGAUACCUCAAAGCGUUGGUCUGGUUCUGUUUUAUAAGUGUUUUGGUAGAUUCGUCUGGGUCUCAUGAGAGGUUGCAACGCAUUGCGUCCUGAAGAUAGAGACAGAUCCACGCUUAGCGCAGGCUCAUCGCAAUACGACAAGCACAUCGAGGUCGAGCGAUCACGCUGUCGUUGUUUUAGUUCCAUCAUCGUUUUUGAGUCGAACAACGAGAUACUUGGUCUUUUUUUCAUUUCGGGUUUCAAGAUUAUGUUCCCAGCAUGUAAACGCGGACUGCGUGAUACAGCAUUCGCCAUUUUCCCUUUGUUUUAAAUGUGAAUUUAUAGCUCCUCAUGAGGUGUUAAAACUAUAGCGUCUGGCCUACUUGUUUGUUUUCCUCAACUUUGAAAUAUGAGCUGGACGUGAGGGUGUCAAUAUAGUAUCCACGGAUUAAAUGGUAUCAGUUUACGUGCUAUUCAUAAACACAUACCUAAAUAUUAAUCCAUUAUCCAAAUACAAGGUUAAUUAAAGCAUUCUUUUGAGGUAAAAAUAAGUGGUACGUAGCCGUAGGGAUGUUCAAUGUAUUUUUGGUUUUGCAAAGAUCAGUGUUUGCAGCCAUGCAUGUAAACCAGUGGCUGUCAGCUUCCUUCCGAUCAACUCGAGUGUAUAAACAAUAUCUGAAUGCCCGUAGGAUAUUUUCCCAACUGGGGUAUCCGGCAUUCUACAUGUGGUUUUCACCUUUGGGAGUUGGGACAAGAGUUAGAGUUGGGACAGUCCUGCUCCCUUCUCAAGUGAAGCGUUCGCAGGCUAUGCAUUUAAUUUGCAGUUGCCUGAUUAUAAUUUCACCUCUGUGUAUGUAAGAAGAGUGCUUCCAGUUUGACUCCACUAAACACCUCGCGUUUUCUUUUCCUCUCCAAGUAACACUGGAUCAAUAAGAGAUGAUCCUUACUGGACCUUUAGGAAGAACAGUUUAGAACUGAUAGAGCUAUCAAACAUAAAUAAAGUUAGUUUAGUUUAGGUUUCCUCCUGUAGUAACACUGGAUCAAUAAGAGAUGACCCUUACUGGUUCUCUAAGAAGAACAGUUUAGAACUAAUAGAGUAAUCCAGUAUAAAUAAAGUUGUUUAGUUUAGGUUUCAUCCUGUAGUAACACUGGAACAAUAAGAGAUGAUCCUUACUGGACCUCUAGGAAGAACAGUGUAGAACUGAUAGAGCUAUCCAGUAUAAAUAGUUUAGUUUAGGUUUCCUCCUGUAGUAACACUGGAUCAAUAAGAGAUUGCCCUUACUGGUUCUCUAAGAAGAGCAGUUUAAAACUGAUGAGAGUCAUCCAGGAAACUAAGUCAGUUUAGUUCACCCUCGGCUGCGUUCUCAUCAGUUUUUAUGUAUUUUCAGGUUCGUAUGGAAGGUGUUUCAGUCCUUGGUGAGGAUGUGAUUGUGAAAGAUGAAGUGUAUGUUAAUGGUGGACGUAUUUUACCUCACAAAUCUAUCGGAGACUCGUGUCCGGAACCAAAAAUCAUCAUGUAGACACCUUAAUAACCACGUGAUAUCUAUACACUGAUCUCAAAACAUGACUGGGUGAUGCGAUUUCAUAUUUACUGACCAUGCAAUGGGCCCUUGGCAUGAUCCAGUGAUCGGAAUGUUGUCAUUUCAUUGUUUCAAAAAAUUUCCAUGCCAUAUAUUCAGACUAGUACUUGUAUUAGCAUUUCUGCAAAGGGCCUAUUGUUUUUGUUCUUACGUGUAAUAUAAUAUGAUUUAGAAUGGUCUAUAUUAACCUAUGAUAUUAACAUGUUUUCCGAUUGUCAGUUGAUCUCAAAGUAUUGGCUCACUUUCGGUUUCAUUUUGAAAACACGUAGUCCAGUAUGUUUUGAGACCAGUAUUUUUUAAUCAAACUAGUCGAAUUAUUGUAGCGUAUCUGCGGUAGUUCCAUCACAGAGACGUUGGCCAAACCAUUCAUGCAACGCAACGCAACUACAUUGUCAAGUUUUUGGGCGCACCUUAAUCGACGUUCUACAACAAACCCAAUGCCAAUUUGUAUGUUUAUAUUCCGUUGUUGACGCAAGCUAACCACUCGCGUUGAAUAGUGUAAAUUAACCUUUCUCACAGCCGAUUUUACCGCCAUUUUGGGGGUACUGCCUCUCCCAACAGUUACAACUUUUAAAGUUGCUUUUCAUGUUGUUUGAAUUCUCUAGAAUCUUUCACGAGGGCAGACAAAAAUGGCGAAUUUUAGCCUUCGUGAGAAAGGCUAAUUGGUUAAUUAAGACAUUUGGCUACAUCUUGUCCUAAAUAAUUUAGACAAUUAUUAAUUAAUUAAUUAAUUAGUUACACCUUACCUUAAUUACGGUAUAGUAAUUAAUGAAAUUAACGAGAAAAAAUGUUUGCUCUGCAGUUUCGUAAGUGUGCUUUCCUGGUGGUAUAUAGUCGUAGACAGUGUCAUUAAUGCGUGACGAAGAUCGGAGACUGGCCCCUUUUAUGACAUAAACAGCGAAAGUGGGUCCUUGAUGUUUUCCCAAUACUUUCAUGCAUGUAUAGAUAUAAAUCGCAGUUGAAACACUCAUGAAACAUUGAAACAUUCAUUUUCUGAUGCCCCAGUAACAAUUCGUGUCUUCUAACUCUGACCAACUCUCGUUUUCGUUUGACGAGGCCUUUACAACCAAUUAAAAACAGCCAAAUCAUAUCCCUUCUAAUCUCUGAAUCCCCUUCUAUAAAAAAUACCCUGAAUUUAACAUUACGUAACAUUACGUCAUUGUACUAAAAUGUAACCUGGGUUUCCCCCCAAAUAUCGGAAUAAAAUUGCAUGCCACAGCGUCCGACUGCCAAGUGUCUUCUUUUCCAGCAGCUAGAAAACGAAAGCGGUUCUCAGAGUUCGAAGAAAUUAAGGUUCAAAGCUGUUUUCUUGGUAAGUAAGAUGUAUUGGACAUGUGUAACAAACCAGGGGUGUUUUAAAAGCACGAAUGUUGGAAACUACAUUGAAAUUGUUGCGAAUUAUUUGCGUUGUUGCUCUUCCGGGCUUCGUCAUGAAAGGCAAAUUUUCGUGUAACUACGAAGGGUUUAAUUUAAAGCAAAUAUGUUCCAAAACCGAGUAAAAGUGUCAGUUUAAUAAACAUUCUUGUCUAACAGUUGAAAUUGCAAUUUGUGAAAGUGUUUACGGAAUAGAGUAUUGCACUUUCGAUAUUGUUAAUCUCUUUUGUGGUUUUGUUUGUGCGUUCGCUUCGUCACCGCUUUAAUACCACCCGUUGUUGUUCUAGAUUCGGUCAUUUUUGUUAUACUUCAAUAACGCAGUAUAUCUGUCGUACAGUGCAUGCAUCUAGGCCCAAACGAAAAGGCUGAGAGUCGAAAAUUUUGUAAGGCUACUGCAUGCUCAAAGCAACAGAGAAAUUUUAAUAAAGGAAUAUAGUAUUUGCUAUUUUGAGAAAUUUCCAGAUUUUCCUACGCAAUUUGUCACGUGACCCCAGUAAGAGUUUUUGAUUGGUGAAUAAAACUAUAUGUUGUCUAACAACUACAUAUAUGCAUCUGUGCCACAACAAUUUACCAGUAUUAGUCACUUGUUCAAUACAUUCUGAACCUGCAUAGGAUUCCACAAUCAAGCUGAAAUCAAUGCGUAUAUAUACAUGAAAAAACGUUUGUGUCAUUACUCAGGAAGUGGAAAUUAAUGACAUUUUAACUUGAUGUCUUCAAUGAAUUCAGAUUUUGUUAUGAUGUCUGAUAACGAGGACACUGUGUUUGUUGAGUGUGGUGAUGGUGACGCUAAUGAAAGAGAACCAAGCGUUGAAAUACUUCGUCAAAACUCGGGUGACCCAGAUAUGAGUGGUGAACGUCAAGACAUAGUCCAGGUACGCAAAAGCCUAGUAUACAGGCACAGAAUAAGACACACAGAAGGUUGACUCAGCCAAAUGUGCUUAUGAGAGACAUCCCCCCCCCCUAGACAUCUGCCAUUUUGAAUAUUAUCGGGGGGGUGAAUGCCUCUCAUACACGCACUGACUAGGACCAUGGCGUCAGCAUUUUGAUGACAAAUUACAGUUACGCCAAAAUUAUAGGGAAAAGCAAGAAGUUGGGCUUCUGUAUGCUCUCUAUUCUGUGAUACAGGUUUUCCAGUCAACUGGGAUAAUAUGGUUAAGCAAUUAAGCCAGAAUGUGCCCCAUUGUAUGUGGCCUACUUUGUUUUGUUAUUCUGCCUAACAGCUAGGUGUUGCAGGUGUUGAAUUGAAUUGAAAUAAUCUUUGUGGAGGAAGCCGUCGUCACCGCAAAGUGAUUUUAUACAGAUGGCUUAAAUACUCAUCUGACUGCAUGUUUGAUUUAGACGAUGAAGUUAUUUGUAACACUAUCUUUCUAAAACAUGUUGAAUAUUUUAGGCCUGUGAGGCAGUUAAAAAAGUGAAGGCAGCCAUACAAUACCCUGAUGAUGAAUCUUUGCAAGAGGCACUGGAUAAAAUCAAAGAGCGACCACGCAUUGGUAAAAUUAUUUAACCUGAUCAUUUAAAGCUGCAAAUUAUGCCAGAUUAUAAAUCAAUCUUCAAUGGUUAUAAUUAUUUACUAUCAUUCAUUGAAUAUAGAUGCUGAAUUUCAAGAAAAGAUUACCAUUCUUCAAAGUAUCCUAGACGUGGAGAAGUAUUCCCCAUUCCAUGAUGUUGUUGAAGAAGUCCUAGGUAUGUAAUCACUAGAUGGCACGUACGUAAUUUAAUUCUAGUCAACUUACUUUAAUUCUAAGACUUUUGAUUCUAUUUCCACAGAACAACUGACUGAUGCCCAAGAAAGAGCGAGGACAGGCAAGACAUCACUAAGUCGACCAAUAGAAAUUCUGAACGAAGUCUUGCCAGUCUUUGAGAAGGCAUGCUCAGUUUACACAGAAAAGGUUGAAUCAUCGCCUCGAGUUAAUCAGAUUUUAAGGGAGCUCGAAAAGAUUCGGAUCGAGCUGAAGGAAUGUGAACAAAUUGACGUUGGAGAUGUUGAAAAGGCAAAGAAGCUGGAAAGGAAGGGUGAAAAAAUGCUUGGUAAGUCAAAUAUGAUUUUGGUUGUUAACCCUGGGCAUGCAUAUUCAUGUUGCUUGUAGUUGCUCAUUUGAUAAGUGUGACACAAGGCAGGAUUUUGGUGGAAAUAGUGGGGGAGGUGCGAAAAAAUUUAGGAGAGGUGCAGCGAUCUAGCUCAUGAUCCCCAUGGAAAGUUAGAGCUUAGAACGAUGUGACAUAUGCUUGUAGGGUUAUAUGUAUAAUUAGUGUAUUAAUGAACUAUGACUGUACAACUCAUCCAAUUUUGCUCUUCAAUCAUUACAAAUACUACAAAGUUUCUUUCAAAACAUCACAUUAAAAGGGUACUUGACACAGAGAUGAAUGGCUAUCACUGUUUCAAUUUUACACAAAAACUUUCUUACGAAUUGUAGACCCUAAGCAACCAAAAAAUUUCAAAUUUUCACUUUAAUUGAAUCUAUCAUUGAAACUUUUCCAAGGGUAGGUGCAUGACUUUUCACGGGAGGUGCAAAAAUUGUCAGGGGAGGUGCAAACAAUCUCAGGGGAGGUCAGGGGAGGUGCACACCUCCCCUCAAAAUCCAGCCAUGGUGUGGCAACCACCAUUUAAUGAUACCCUGGGAUCGGUUUAUAAAACGCUUAAUUUUUUAUACAACCAACUGUUGCAUGUACACAUGCUAAGAUCGUUAUUUCAAUCACACAGAGGAGGCAGUGCAGCACAGCAUUGAUGAUGUUGAAAGAGUGAAAGGAAAGAUCCAAGAAGAAGAAGUAGCUGGAAUACUCAGAAAGUUUGAAGACGCAAGAAAGGAAACAAACGACAGAAUGGAUUUUCUCACGGGAGAUUUUGAACAGAUGAAAAACAACUGCGCAGAUGACAUCCAACUGACUGGUAUGGUACACAAGAUAUUGUUCAGUACACCAUCUUAUUGAAUGUACUUCAAACUAAGGUGUUGUUUUCCUUCGUUUUACUUUUUAGAGCGUACUCUACAAAUUGAGAUUAGAAGCAAAGAAAGUGCCCGCGUGAAGUUUGAAGACAAAGACAAGAAACUGGAUGAAGAGAUCAGAGUUGAGAUGGACAAAGAAGAAGCAAUACGAAGACAGCUGGAAGAAAUUCAAGAAAAUCGUAGAGUUCUGGAAGAAGAUCGAGAAAUUAGGAGACAGAUGCAGAAUAAGGCUGAUGUGGUAAGGAUUCUGUCCACCAUACAAUACCAUGACUUACCAUACUAUACCAUACCAUAACUAUACCAUAACCAUACCAUAACCAUACCAUACCAUACCAUACCAUAACCAUACAAUAACCAUACAAUAACCAUAUCAUAUCAUACCAUAACCAUACAAUAACCAUACCAUAACCAUACCAUCACUAUACCAUAAUCAUACAAUACCAUAACCAUACAAUAACCAUACCAUAACCAUACCAUAACCAUACCAUAACCAUACAAUAACCAUACAAUAACCAUACCAUAACUAUACCAUAACCAUACCAUAACCAUACCAUACCAUACCAUAACCAUACAAUAACCAUAAUCAUGCCACCAUAAUCAUACCACACCAUACUGUACUAUACCAAGGCAUGCCAUUCCUUAGCAUCUCACACCACUUAUUAGCAUUAGCUAAUCAUACCAUAAAUAAAAAUUAUCAUUAUACCAUACCAUGUAUGACAGACAUAAAUGAACCAACAUUAACCCUUUCUCCUUUCUCAAGGUGCACAAACAAGCAGAAGACGAAUUGCAACAAUUGUUGACAAACCUAAAUGAUCUCUUGGCCAAAGUUGACAUUGCAAAUGUUGUACUCAAACAGACAAAAGGUAUGAACAAAUUGCUUUGUUAUAUACCAAUUUCAACAUCUUGUUUGCAUGUCUUUAACUAAUUCUGUUCUAUUUAUUAUUAAGAUGUCUGCAAUAUGCUCUUCAACAAAGCGGUGGAAAGCAAGAACAUGCAAAAUCGAGAUUUGGAAAAUGUUUUGGUUCUCACGAAGAAAAACAGACACAAUGCUUUGAUUGCUCAAGGUGUGAACUGCCUCAACAUUCAGGAACGAGAAAAAGGCACAAUUGAGAUGUUGAAGGAUAAGGUAGGAGAAGAAAAGCUGUCACUGUGCUGAGUGGUUAUAUUACUACCUGAAAUAAACAAGCAGAAACUCGACGUUUCGAGCGAAAGCCCUUCCUCAAGAAUUAGUAGAAACUAACUCUUGACGAAGGGCCUUCGCUCGAAACGUCGAGUUUCUGCUUGUUUAUUUCAGGUAGUAGUUCAGUUCAUAAUGCUCAUAAUCUAAACAAAAACUAUAUAUAACUCAAAAACACUAGUAUCCACCAAUCUGGGAGGGUGGGUGGGGGUAACUGCUUACGAUGUGCAAAAAACUAAAAGAUGCCAAAGUGUGCCAAAGUCACUUAUCAUGUGACUUUAUACAACUUAUGUGACCUAACACCCCAGUAUGAGAAACCUGUUUCUCGCUUAUUUCGUAAACUCAGACAGCGAGAAACUCAAAAAAAGUUAAAUUGAACCACUAAGGCUGCGAGAAAAGGAGAGCUCAAGACGUCCAGCUUAACACUGGACUAUAGUAAGGACUGGCCCGUACUAGCGAGAACAGUUUGGAACCGGUUAUCCAGUUUAAACAACAGAUGGAUUAAGAUUGAUGGUUAACUGCAAAGUUCAAGUCGUAUUUUGAGGUCUACUGUUAGGACUGUUAACGUACGUUUACAGUACACACUGCGAUCAAUCGGCGCGUGCUAGGUUUAGCUCAUCAGAUCUUAAGUUUGCUAAUGUCGCUAGAUGAAUUGGUCUGACAAAUCGCAACGUGUAAACGUACGCUUUUUAACUGUUCGAAGUUAGGACAAAUUGUGCAUCAAAGUUGAAGCAUGAUUUAAAACAUGUAGAACUUACCUUGCGAUUUGAAGUUGUACGUUUGCAGUCUGCCGUAAUUCGUGAACGUUAAUUAGUUUAUAGUUAAAAUUGGGGUCUGGUCUUUUAACUUUUUUCUUAGCAAACGUACCUGUCACAUUUGCGUUUGUUGUAGAUCAAGAAGAAGAAAGUGAAACUACAUGAUAUGCUGAAAAAACAUUUGGCAACCGAGGCGAAGAAACUCUCGGAAAAAAUCAAAACGAUGAUGAGUGAUCAUGACACGAGUAAGAAAACUCUGGAAAAAGUGAAUGAAAAGUUGCUGAUUUUGAAACAACAAAUUUCUGACGUGCAGAGAGAGCUGGAUGCAGCUGGAGUAUUCUAUGUUACUUUGCAACAAAAGUGUAAGUCUAUGGAAAUUUGCGUGUGAAAAUCUCUACAAAAAACCUAUCUAUCUAAUUAAAAUUAGCCCCUAUCGAACGGAUGCUCAAAAACCUCGAUAUUUAUCCAAUCAUAUACCUUCUCACUGACAUAUGUAAUGGACGUAUACAUAAAGGAAGCUGGACAACUCGGCCCACUGACCAACUCGGCUCAUACCAUCUUGACUUAAUCUAAUUAAAGAAUCUAUCGAAGUUUCAAAUUCUCGAUCUGUCCUUUUUGAUACUAAAUUACUGAUCAUUCAAAUCUCUCUCAAAAUUUGCAAAGAUAUAGAUCACAGUCAUGGUUCCUAGCUUGCUUAAUGGUUAGAUUAGUCAGUGUACAAGCGGGCGGAGUUGGUCCUUGAAUGGUUGGCAGAGUUGGUUAGUGGGCCGAGUUGACUGUAAAGCGUACACAUAAAUUUGUGGUUAAUGCAACUGGACUGGACGUUGGUUAGAGCGCUGCAUCGGAAUCGCAGUGCUGACCAUACCUGACGGGGGGGGGGGCUGGUUCUCAACCUCAUACCUAGGCUCUUUCCACUACACAGUGGGUACGAGGCCAAGUCAUCCACCACCUUUAGCGCCGCCCUUGGUUACAUUCAAGGAUACUGGACGAUGUGAACCAACAAGCUGUAAAUCUUAAUACUGUCUGGUUACCAAUAGUUUUAUGUUUUUUUUUCAACAGAUGCUGAAUUCAAGAAGUUAGACGAAGGUGAUGAUGGCCAAUCCUUGACUUCUUUGCCUUCUCUUCCUUGA